UGCAUAUAUCAGAACUUGAUCUGGCUAACUUUGUCGUCGUCGUCGACCAGAGUUCUUGAAGAGCAAUUACGGAUAUGCUGCAUCCAACAUUGACAAGUUAAAGAGCAGGGGAUGCCAGGUCAUGCAUGAAAUCGAUGCUACUGUUAUGGCGUCUAAAAAACCGUUCAAGGACCUUAAAUACGACCGGAUCGUUUUCAACUUUCCUUUUGCCGGAUUUUACAAGAGUUACUCGAUAAAAUAUCAACUUUUUCGGCACAAGGGACUAGUGAACCAGUUUAUGAGGAACGCGAGAGAGAUGAUAAGUGAAGAUGGUGAGAUUCACAUAUCCCACAAGACAAAUGCUUUCCACAUUGAUUGGGAUCUCGAAUCAAUUGCUUCUUUACACAGGCUGAGGCUGAUUGAGGCGGUCAAAUUUAAUCUUGGUGACUACCCGGGGUACCACACCAAGUGCUGGUUUGGGGGCGAUAACUACUUCAACUGCAACCCAAGCCGAACCUACAAAUUUGGACUUGUGACGACUAAUGUCCGGUCGUACUAAUUAUGGUUUUUACGCAUUUUAUUUUCGAUGUAAGUAUAAAUUAUGCUCUGCUCGUUUCGAACUUAUGUAUGUGGAUUUUCGGGGGCAAUUUAUCGUUCCUACCCAAGUCAAAACGGCGACGUAUCGUCUAUGUAUGGUAUCUUAAUUCUCAACUCUAUUUAUUAAUGGUGUGCAUCAUAUAUAUUGUGUAUAGAGAUACAACUGAGUGCAUGACUAGUGAAAUUUAUUCAUUCCAUUA